AUGAAGGGUUUUAAGAAAAGAACCCUGAAGUGGUUCACUACCAAAAAGAAAAAAUCCUUGCAAUGGUUUCAGAGAACAAGGUCUGGAAAAUAUGAACAAGUCUCAGUCUUAAGAGAAGAACCAGAGUCGAACGAAAAAAGAGAGAAAGAAGAACCAGAGGUUUGCCUGGCUGCUGAGCUAGAAUUUAGCAUGCACUGUGACCAUUGUGCAAUUGAUGUCAGAAAUUGCUGCAUCACAGAAAAAGGAGUCGAAUAUGUGGUUUUUGAUAAGGAGAAAAAGCUAGUGAAAGUGGAAGGAAGGUUUGAUCUCAAAAAGCUUAUCGAUCGCCUCCGGAGGAAGGACAAGAUAGUAAUAUUGAUUGGGAAAAAAAUGGAAGAAACUCAGGAACAAGGCGAGUCUCGUGUUCAAAAAUAG